UCCCUUUUAUAUGUCCGUAUCACAAAUUCAUACUCCGAAUACAAGUCAAACAAAGACCCUUGACAUCACAUCAUAUAAAAAUCAUCCCUUUUCCCCAUAAAUAAAUCUACUCACCGGAAAAUUCAUCGUCUCUUCCAUCGCCAUAUUCAAUCUCAGGGUUUUCGACUGCGAAAGAUGGAUUGGCAAGGGCAGAAAGUGGCGGAACAAUGGAUGCAAAUUUUUCUGCUAGUUUCAGCAGCUGUGGCAUUUGUGACAGGUUAUGUGAUUGGUUCAUUCCAGUUGAUGGUUCUGAUCUAUGCUGGCGGCGUCGUUUUGACUGCUCUGAUCAUCAUCCCAAAUUGGCCAUGGUACAAUCGUCAUCCUCUCAAUUGGCUUGAUUCUAGUGAAGCUGAUAAACACCCUAAACCUCAACCUGUUGUUAAUUCUGGAAAUAAGAAGAAAAACAACAAGCAAAAGUAGAGAAAUUUGAGGGAGGGAGGAAUACCAAAUUUAGGUCAAAAUUAUGCUGAAUUGUCGUUUUAUGAUGAUGUUGUUGAGCUUACGCUGUUUAUUAUUGGAAAUUUUAGUGAAGUUUUAGACGUUUGUUCACGGCAACAUUUGGUUACAUCAUUAUAAUUGAGUUAAAAUUGAACUUCUCGUUUUUUUUAAACAUGGAGUUUAAUGUGAUGAUAAUGCUUUAGACUUGA